AUCGCCUCCACAAUCCCCAGAUCCCACUCGUUCCCCCCCUAAAUAUUAUAUCAUCAAUCUCCGCCGACUCCCUCGAAUUGCUCCUGAAGCCAACCCCUAAUCUUGACUACUAUUUUCGCUUGUUAUAUUAGGGUUUCGACGUCCUGCUUGCUCCUACAACUCCAGGGAGAAGAUGCUCAAGACGCCGCCGCAGCUUGAUCCAGAGAAGCGGUGGCAGAUUUAUUGCCAGGAACCUGAUCCCGCGUGCGGUGCUAGCGGAUCCGGACAAGAUGCACCCGCUGAUCAACAGGAAAGCGACGGGAAGCGGGGCCAACACCGCUCGCCUGGUGACGAAGCGAGGCCUGAUCGGCAGCUCAAGAGGAGGAAGAAGAAGAAGAAGAAGAAUUAUAAUGCUAUGAAGAUGUUGCAAUAUUCCCUAAUCCAAUUGAGGCUACUGAGGGGUCAGUUGAUUGGUCGAGUUGAGGAUGGCGGUGUUAUAGCCCGAUUGAAGCUUAUGGACAAAAUAUGUAUGGAGUUGAGGUAUGUAUGCGAGUGGAAUGAGUACAGGUGGAAAUUUUUGUUGUGGCUCCUUAAAAGGACGAGGUUGGACUUGCAUCCGGAGUUGGUGAUGGAUUUGUCACACACGAAGGAGCUGGAAACCAAACCCACGUACGAUGCUAGCCAAUCCAGAGAAGAAGCCUCUGCUGCAGCUUCAGCUUCUGAUGGACAGGGAGACGAUAAGGAAAGGGGUGACUUGCAAGCAGUUGAAGCCUAUGGUUCUCCUCCUGGUAAGGAAAAGGUUGACUUGCAAGCAGCUAAGGACUCUUCUCCCACUGCUGAGAAGGGAAAGGGCAAGCAUAUUGGAUAUGAAGCACAGCAGAAGAAAAACAGCAUUGAAGAUGUUAAAUCCUCAAGUCAACAAGAAAUUAGCAAGCCGAAGAAGAAGAAGAAACAGAAGAAGAGGCAGAGGCGCAAGAUGGACGAAUCCACAGAAAAUCUAUCAUGCCACAGUGGUAGCCCAUCCUCUUCUCAUGAUGGAACAAGCACAUCAACAAUAGAGGGGGAGCCAAAACCAUCUUCUGGGGACCUUGCCAAGAUUUCACGAGAACACAAACAAGAACAAGAAUCAAUGGAGGAUUUAGAAGAUCUCCUUGGCAUGGAUGAGGAUACCAUCUCAAACAAAGUCAGUUACUACUUUCAUCAGUUAUAUGUUCAGGACCAUCUUGAUGAUGAUGAUGAUGAUGAUUGGCUUGAAUGCGAUGGGCCACAGCAGCUCACUGAGUUGCAUGAGCAGCUGGCCUUCUACCGCAUCAUAGGUUAUGAGUUAUCAAAUGGUAGAAAGCUUGACGAACUGGAUAUUGCAAAACUGAAAGAGAAGUACCCUCCCUCCAUUCUUUAUGAGAAGGGGUACUUUCAGUACUAUGAGGAUAGUCUUGAAUGGUACUUUGAUCCUGAACGAUUCCAGCCUGCUGCCCUUGAUAACUACCAGCGUCUAGUGCUUUGUGAUAAUGGUUUGUACAUGGACUGGGAUCAAUACCACUCAAAUUAUAGUACCUAUGAGAGUGAUCUAGCAUAUGUCAAAUUCUGUGAAGAGCUAGCACAUAAGACUAAGUGGUUUCAAGAUUAUUUGGUACUCAUUGCUGUUGAGGAUAAGAUAACCAUGGGUCAGUGGGACAAAGUUAAAAAUACAGUUUACCUUCAAGCAAUGAAGAUCGCACUACGCAUUCGUGUUGUUUCUCUAAUGCAAGUUAUGACUGCUUUCCAGGAAUAUAUAUGGAGCAUGCGGUUUGAUUGUUGUAACUACAAGGAUUUUGAUGGUGUGUAUUUUGAGGUUUGGAAGCGGGUUGCUAAGCAGAAGAUGGAAUUCACUGAUGCCCUGUCAGAACUUUAUAGAGAAGAUAUGUUUCCCUUGCGCAAUGUUGAUAUUAAGGAUGAGCUUCGCAGUACUCGAGGGAGAUUCCGUUCGAUGAAGGAAAAUUACGAUCUCUACGUGGCUUGCAUUGAUGAAACGGUGCCAGAAAAGGAAGCUCGUCAAUUGAUCAAAGAUGCCAUUAUAGAAAUGAUUCCAAAACCACAGACUUAUUUGGAUUACGCCAGAAACAAGAUAAAAAUCGCAGAAGAUAUCGGUUUGAUUACCAAAAGCAGAGGACCAGAGCCAAGAACCUAGAAGGUCACUGCACAACACAGCCCAGGGGAGACAAUAGCGAGGCAAUGCAUGCCAUGGACAACUAAGCAAAUGGCGGCUGAAAUCUUUUUGAGUAUAUUAUUAGUAAUAAGAAAGGAUAUUGGCGCUACGGUUUAUUAUCAAAUUUCUUAUUUAUUAUCUUCUGUUGAGAUAUGAUACUUUUAUCCCGUGUUACACUGGGCAACCCUAUUACAGUGUAAUGUUACGGUCUUAUUUUUUCGCUUAUGCUUAAUGCUUAUUAGUCUUUGAAUUUUGAAGCUUAAAA